AACAACACCCACGAUCUUACCGCAUUUCUGUCAAUCUAUAUUUGUCUUUCUUUAUACCUCCACCUUCAUCUAAAAGAAAAUAAAAAUAAAAACACACAACACCACAUCGGUGCCCUCUCUCUGUCUCUCUCUCUAAAGAUCUCCAUUGGGAGAGAGAAUCAGAGAAACUAAACCACCUUGAUGGACCCAGCCUAUGUUGGAAGAGGACCCGGAAAAGACUCAUUCUCCCAGCAGCCCUCUUCACAUGGGUAUGGAGAGGCGCCAGCACCACCACCAAUGGCGGCACCGCCACAAAUGAUGUAUUACCCUCCACCAAUGGGCUACAACCCAGGCCCAGCAGCACACAUGCCUCACCAAGGAUACCCUCCAGGCUACACCCCAUAUCCAAACGAGUACGCUCAGGCCAACGUGUACCAUUACCCCGCAGGCCCAUACUUUCGCAACCCUCCACCCGCCUAUCAUAGGAGUGGUGGAGGAAAAGCCUUCAUCCGCGGCUUCAUAAUGUGUUUGUGUAUCUUAUUCACCGCUUUCUUCGUUGCAACCCUUGUUAUGGCGCUAGCCCUUCACCCCCAACUCCCUCUCUACACCGUUAAUUCCCUCUCCGUCCUGAAUUUCAACACCACUUCCACAUUAGCCGGUGAUUGGAACGCCAGCUUUAUGAUCCAGAACAUCAACGAUAAGCUAACGGGUGAGUUUUCCGGAUUUAAGGCGGAUUUGUUGCACAAGAACGACGUCGUAGCGGUGAGUUUUGUACCCGAUUUUGUGUUGGACAAGAAACAGGUUAAACACGUGGAUGUGAAGCCCUCCUCGACAGGAACGUCGUUCCCGGAGUGGAACUUGGGUGAUUUGGGGAAGGAACAAGCCACUGGCUCUAUCACUUUCACGAUGAGGAUAUCUUCCAUGGUCGCCUUCAAGUCUAGCUCAAUGUCCACCAGAGGAUCGUUGGUGCUGGCCCUUUGUGACGGUUUGAAGGUUGUGUUUCAGAAUAACACCGGCACCGGCGCCUUGGAAAAUGGGGGAAGCCCCAUCCUUUGCCAACUUUAUAUGUGAAAAAUGCAAUUUAAUGCAUGCCGAGGAACAAAGCUUCUUUUUUUUUUUGGAUAAUGUGUGGGGGAACAAAUUAAUGGUUAUCUUUUGUUUUGUUUUUCUUAGGGUAAUAGGAACACUAUUAACUUUCCCUAAUCCCGAUAUCUUUCUCCGCUAAUUUGUUAGAAUGAAUUCUUCUGUAGCUGGUCUCGUAAACAACAAAUUCAAUUGGAAAUUAAUUUAUCAGGGUACAUAAAUAUCAAUUAAUGUAA